UUGGAGAAAGCAAACCAUCUUCAUAACCCAAUCUUUUUCUUCAUGAGAGAAAAAAAAUGGAAGUCAAUGGUUCGUCGAAGAAGAUGAUAGCAACCCAAGCGGAGAUGGUGGAGAACAAGUUCCCCAUCCCAUACAGAGAUCAAUGUGCUCAUCUCCUCAUCCCACUCAACAUGUGUCGCCAAUCCGAGUUUUACUUGCCUUGGAAAUGCGAGAACGAACGCCACUCCUAUGAGAAGUGCGAAUACAAGCUCGUCAUGGAGACGAUGUUGCAGAUGCAGAAGAUCCGUGAGGAAGAGGCCAAGUUCAAACAGGCUGGGAAACAUGGCGCUUCUAUUCCCCUCGUUCCUAAAACUGCUAAUGCUUAAGCUACCUCCAUGGAAGGUUUAAAUUGGUUUGGUGGAUGUUUUGAUGUUGGUCUCCAGUGUGAGGGAAAUUUGAAACUGUUUGUCGUCGACAAAUGUAUGGACAUUUCUUUUCUGAUAUUUCAUCAGCUCAUUAACUUUGGUUAUGGAAUAAAGUUGCACAUGAAAGUUUACAUGUUC